AUUGUCAUUUGUUCAGUGUUAUUUGUCGAUAUUUUCUCUUUAUUAUCCAUGAAAAGGUCUAUUGCUUUGGUCAAUAGAAGAAAAAAAACGUUGUUGUUACAGUCGUAACUUACAGUCGUAAGCUUACAUUGCAAAAUAUUCGGAUAAUGUGUACUUGUAGUAGAACACAGUAUGCUCAGAGCGUCGCUGUUCACCAUCACAUCCUCGUACUGUGGACCAUUUCUUCCAAUCUCUGAAAUAUUCAUCUGCAGAUAUUAGUGAAUGCUAGAGCAAGCCACACAGACAACAUGGAGUAACCUCAGUCGUUCUCUUCCGGGAGAGAUUUUAGACACUUUUUGCAGACAACAUUAAUAAAACCGCGUAAGGUUGAAUUUUUCGGGUGUGAGGAUUUGAAUUCUGAAAAUAUGGGAUGCACGGAGCUUUCAGUUCUGUAUUCUAUUCUCUUCAUCGCGCUACCUUUCUUUAUUUUCCCCUCCGCCAGUGGAGAUCUGAGUUAUUCUGUUCCAGAGGAAACUAGGCGUCAGUUUGUGGUCGGAAAUAUUGCAAAAGAUGUCGGAGUCGGAGCUCAAAGUUUAUCAGCACGUAAGGCGCGAUUAAACAGUGAAGACGGCGGAAAACGGUACAUUGACAUAAAUCUGAAUUCAGGAGAUUUGAUCGUAGUUGAGAGAAUCGACAGAGAGAUGCUAUGUGGUUCAAGGAUUAAUUGCAUCUUAAAUUAUGAGCUUGUUUUAGCCAAUCCGCUUGAGGUGCAUCGCAUAUUUCUGAAUAUUGAGGAUGUUAAUGACAAUGCACCCAAAUUUGCUAACGAGCGCAUUUCUUUUGAAAUCGGCGAAUCCGCUAUAAAAGGGCAGCGAUUCCAUCUGGAUGAAGCUCAUGAUUUUGAUAUCGGACAAAACGGAGUUCAUGGAUAUUCGCUCCAGAAAAACAACCAUUUUGUUUUGUCUGUCAAAGGAAACACCGAGAGGGGUAAAUACGCAGAGCUUGUGUUGGAGAAAGAGCUGGAUCGCGAACAACAAAAGGACAUUGACUUGAUUCUUACCGCAGUGGAUGGCGGGAUUCCUCAGAGAUCAGGGACUGCUGUUAUACACAUCACAGUACUAGAUGCUAAUGAUAAUGUUCCGGUGUUCAGUCAGCCUGUAUAUAAAGUUGUUUUAGUUGAAAACGCACCAAUAGGAACAGAAAUCGUUGCUGUGAGCGCAGAAGAUGCAGAUGAAGGAGCGAACGGUGCAGUCACAUAUGAAUUCAGUCGGAUUGCUCGUAACGAAGCAGAAAUAUUUACGAUUGAUAAACGCACUGGAAAAAUUACGGUAAGCGGAGUUAUUGAUUACGAGGAGGACACACAUUAUGAAAUUAGAGUUCAAGCCAAAGAUGGAUCUGGCUUAGCAUCGACUGCAAGUGUUAUUAUAGAAAUUACUGACGAAAACGACAACGCUCCAAAGAUUAUUCUUACCUCUGUUAACAAUCCGAUACUCGAGAACACUAUUGUAGGCACUGAAGUAGCGAUUAUUAAUGUUCAGGAUAAAGAUUCAGGGGAUAACAGACAGAUUCAUUGUUCAAUCCAGGGUAAUGUCCCUUUUAAAUUAAAUCCAUCUAUUAAGAACUAUUUUUCUUUAAUUAACACAAAUCCCCUUGAUAGAGAAACUGAGGCAGAAUACAACAUAACAAUUACUGCUACUGAUGGAGGAUCUCCACCUUUAUCAACAUCAAUGACCAUUCAUUUAACCGUAUCAGAUGUGAAUGACAAUCCUCCUGUAUUUGAUCAGCAAUCCUACACUGCAUAUGUAAUGGAAAAUAACAAACCAGGAACCUCUAUUAGUUCUGUUACUGCAAGAGACCCAGACUGGAGGCAGAAUGGUACAGUAUUGUAUUCUUUGUUACCCAGUGAGAUAAACGGUCUUCCAGUGUCCUCAUUUUUAUCUGUUAACUCAGACACAGGAGUGAUCCAGGCUGUGAGGUCAUUUGACUAUGAAAAGUUCAGAAAUUUUAAAGUCCAGGUUAUAGCCAGAGACAACGGUUCUCCUCCACUCAGCAGCAAUGUGACUGUGAGUGUGUUCAUAUCAGAUGAGAAUGAUAACUCUCCACAGAUAUUAUACCCUGCUCCAGAGGGAAAGUCUUUAAUGACUGAGAUGGUCCCUAAAGCUGCUCUCUCUGGCUCUCUUGUCUCCAAAGUCAUUGCUGUGGAUGCUGACUCUGGACAGAACGCAUGGCUGUCGUAUCAGAUUGUCAAAUCUACUGAUCCGGGACUUUUCACUAUCAGUCGCCAUAGUGGAGAGAUCAGGACUCAGAGGGACAUUACUGAAUCUGACAACAUGAAACAGAACCUUGUUAUCUCAGUGAAAGAUAAUGGACAGCCGCCUCUCUCUGCUACCUGUUCUGUAUAUUUACUUAUUUCUGAUAAUCUUGCUGAAGUUCCAGAGCUUAAAGACAUGACUUAUGAGGAGAGCAAUUCCAAACUGACUUUUUAUCUGAUCAUUGCGCUAGUUUCCAUUUCCACUUUAUUUCUGACUUUCAUUAUUCUGAUCCUGGCUGUAAGGUUUUGCCACAGGAGAAAACCCAGACUGUUGUUUGAUGGAGCAGUGGCCAUUCCCAGUGCGUAUCUCCCUCCCAACUAUGCAGAGGUUGAGGGAGCUGGAACUCUCAGUUCUUACAAUUAUGACACAUAUCUAACAACAGGAUCAUGUACCAGUGACUUCAAGUUCAUCACGUCUUACAAUGACAGCACGCUUACUGCUGGUGGAACUCUGAAAAUGCCCCAAAAUGAGACUUUAGCUGCAAACCUGAUUACACUUAAUAAUUCAGGAGAGGGAGAUGAGGUAAGAAACUGUACUUGUCCCUAUAUCUAGUUUGUGAUGCUGGUAUUAAUGUGAUUUCUAUAUGCUCUUUCUAUUUGUUUUUCAUUUCAUUUCAUUUCUUCUUUAAAGCUAUGAUUAGUCAGGGAGGAUAUAUUGCUUGUUUUGCUUAAUGAUCCUUUGGUUUUGGACUGGCUGAUCACUUUAAUACCUACAACAUGCUGUACUACACUAACGGUUGUACACCAUUCAGUAGUCUGUUGCUUAAGAGCAAAAUGUCACAUUGGACUUGAGAUAGGACAUGAUCGGUACUGCUUUGUUUCCAUCAUGUUGUACAGUUGAAUUAUUUUGCCCCACAAUGAUCAGUGACAUGUUUUGGUGAUAGUUUAUGCUGGACUGGGCCAAUAGACACCUCUCUUGCCUCAUUUUGUUUUUUCCCUUGGCUGCUCCAAUCAAUAGAUUCCAGUGUUGGUGGACCUCACUGGUGUGAACUCUGACUCAGGUGGUACAAUCUUGUCUGACAAACUACAUUGAGCUUGUAUGGCUGCUUUCCUAUUUCCAGUACCGCUCCUCUUUUGCAUUUAACCAGUGCUUAAAGUACAUUUACAUUUAAGGGGUUAAAAAUAGUUAAACAAAAAUAAAUAUGUUGAUGAACAUAAAAUGCAAGUCACACAUACAUUUUCAUCACUUGUUCUGUCUCACUGAUUUAAAGUGGCACCUUUUUAAAGUGUUUUAAAGUUUUAAAGUGUUUUAAAGCAUACAAAGUGUCCUGAGGUUCACUGUCAAUGCAGAAAUAAAAUAAAUUAAAAUUAAAUAAAAAAAUUUGUCAGCUCUUUUAAUUAUGCACUAGUAACAUGACUAUAUUUUCAGUAUAUCAAGAACAUCUCAAGUUCUUUCAUUUUACUAGAAUUUAUAGCUAUCUUGCACCGUUUUUAUUCUUAACCAGGGGCGUUGCCCCAAUUCUUGGGCCCUAUGCAAAGACAGUGUAUGAGCGGCCCCUCUCCCAUCAUAUCAUGAUUCAUGCUAUUUAUCAAUUUUUUUUAAAAUAAUAAUAUAAAAGUGUACACACUUCACUCACUGGUAAAGUACUUGUUGUCAAAUCAGUGAUGUAAAAUUGAAAAGAACAUUAUUAAAAAUACAAAUACCAUGUAUAGUAUAAAAAAAUAUUUACAUUGCAUGCAUGUUAAUGCAGCACAGAAAUAUUUUUUGUGUAUAAAUUGUACUAUACUGAGAUAGGUAAUGUCAGUCCUGGAGGGCCGCUGUCCUGCAGAAUCUAGCUCCAACCUUAAUCAAGCACACCUGAACAAGCUAAUUAAGGUCUUCACGAAUACUAAGACUAUAGACAGGUAUGUAUGUUUUGUUUUUUCUUCUUCUCAGUGUUGAAGCUAAAUUCUGCAGGACAGCAGCUCUCCAGAAUUGACGUUGCCUACCCCUGUGACUUUAUACUAUAAACAAAGCACCUCAGGUAUCCCCUUAUAGAUAAACAUAACAACUUAAUGAUUUUUUUUAUUUGAAUUGUGUUUUGUUAAGAGACAACAAGAGUCCAGAAUAUUAUUAUUCUUUCAAUCAGGAAUAUAAAUAAAUAAACACAAUAUAACUCAAAUCACGACUUUGCCUUCUUUCAAAACAUGUCUAGCUAGUUCAAAAUAAAUAAAAUAAUCAAAUAAUCAAAAGUGAAAAAGGCUGAAAAACUUUAACAGGUGAGAAUUUCAGGAUCAAUUUUUAUCUUGCAAUGAUGUAUGAUACAUACACUAUAUUGCCAAAAGUAUUCGCUCACCCAUCCAAAUAAUCAGAAUCAGGUGUUCCAAUCACUUCCAUGGCCACAGGUGUAUAAAAUCAAGCACCUAGGCAUGCAGACUGUUUUUACAAACAUUUGUGAAAGAAUGGGUCGCUCUCAGGAGCUCAGUGAAUUCCAGCGUGGAACUGUGAUAGGAUGCCACCUGUGCAACAAAUCCAGUCGUGAAAUUUCCUCGCUCCUAAAUAUUCCACAGUCAACUGUCAGCUGUAUUAUAAGAACGUGGAACAACAGCAACUCAGGCACGAAGUGGUAGGCCACGUAAACUGACGGAGCGGGGUCAGCGGAUGCUGAGGCGCAUAGUGUGAAGAGGUCACCAACUUUCUGCAGAGUCAAUCGCUACAGACCUCCAAACUUCAUGUGGCCUUCAGAUUAGCUCAAGAACAGUGCGCAGAGAGCUUCAUGGAAUGGGUUUCCAUGGCCGAGCAGCUGCAUCCAAGCCAUACAUCACCAAGUGCAAUGCACAGCGUCGGAUGCAGUGGUGUAAAACACGCCGCCACUGGACUCUAGAGCAGUGGAGACGCGUUCUCUGGAGUGACGAAUCACGCUUCUCCAUCUGGCAAUCUGAUGGACGAGUCUGGGUUUGGCGGUUGCCAGGAGAACGGUACUUGUCUGACUGCAUUGUGCCAAGUGUAAAGUUUGG